AUGGGAGUAGACUAAACUGCAUUCGGACCAAUCACAGGCAUCUAUGUAGCUGUCGCUGCUGUUGCAGCACCACUUAUUGCCAUGUAUGUUUUUAGAAAAACUAAAGAUGUCACAAUGAAAAAAGAUAACUGCUGGAUGACAUUCUGGCUUGUGCUUUUAGGAGUAUUUUGUAUGUGGAUAAUGUGGGCAUGUACCUUCAUGCAUCAAAUGUAUCCUUUGUCCAGAGCAGUUUCUAAAAAGCCAGAAUUCAGAGUCAGAUGCCCUGCUAAGUACUGCAAUGACGACUAGGAUCCAGACAUCUGGAUUGAAAAAGCUCCAGAGUCAAAACUAUGA